UGCGGCCCGCGGUACCCGUCGGUCCCGCCCGAGGUGAAAUUCAUGAGCAAAAUCAACAUGUCGGCCGUCGACGGCGAGGGGAACGUCGUGCGCAACAUGCGAAAAUUAAUGCCCAACUGGAAAUACGCGAACACGAUCGCCGACGUGCUCGGCGAGAUCCGCAAGAACAUGGCCAGCAACGCGAACCGCCGCUUGAAUCAGCCACCGGAGGGCGCGAACUAC